AUGACGACGAACAAUAUUAGGAAGGCGGCACAAGAGGAUAGGCAGAGGAACAGAGUAAGUUAUAAGGAAGCUAAAAAGGUGGCGAAGUUAGCGGUCACAGAAGCGAAGAGUACAGCAUAUGGUCUCAUAUACGAAGAAUUAGGGGAAAAAGGCGGAGAUAAGAAGUUGUUCCGGCUGGCCAAGGCAAGGGAGAAGACGACUCGGGAUCUAGACCAAGUGAGGUACAUCAAGGAAGAGGAAGGCCAAAUGUUAAUAGAGGACGCGCAAAUUAAGCGGAGGUGGCAGACAUACUUCCAUAAGCUGCUAAAUAAUGAAGGGAAGAGAGACAUUGUGCUAGGGGAAUUGGAGCACUCCGAGUGUCACCGAGAUUUUAGCUACUGA